GGCACGCCGCCAUCUUGUACUCGAGUGUGCCGCCGUGUAAACGUCCUGAGACGAAGUCUGAGUGCCUGAAUCUCCGUCUCGCAUCCCACCCAGCCGUCUGUAUUAAUGACGAGUCGUUCUCUUGACUUGUCGUGAGUCAAAAGUGUGAGCCUGCGUUGGGCAGCACUCUCGACGACUACUGGCGAAUUCUAGACGGAUAUGGCUGGUCGUAGACCGAGAACAACAUCGUUCGCCGACCAGCAAGCGCAACACGAUUCGAAAUUGCCGUCGUUUGGAGGCGUGCGAGUGACACACGGUAAGAGCGGGGAUAAGAUGACGACGGUAGUGGCGACGGCGGGUGCCAUGCCGGAUAGAGCUCAGGAGAUUACCUACGUCGACACGAAUGUGAUAGGGAAAGGCUCCUUUGGAAUUGUGUAUCAGGCUCGCUUGAUGGGCACGAACGAGAUCGUGGCGAUCAAGAAGGUCAUGCAGGACAAACGAUUCAAGCAUCGUGAACUGCAGAUUAUGAGAAAGCUAGAUCACUGUAAUAUUGUAUGCUUGAAGUAUUUCUUCUAUUCAACCGGAGAUAAGAAGGACGAGCUUUACUUGAACCUAGUGUUGGAGUUUGUCCCGGAGACGGUGCAUCGUGUGGCACGUCACUACAGCAAGUCGAAGCAGACGAUACCAUUUGUAUACAUAAAGCUCUACUUGUAUCAGCUCUUUCGGUCACUGGCCUACAUUCACUCACAAGGCAUUUGUCACCGAGAUAUCAAGCCACAGAAUCUAUUGCUUGAUCCAGAAACGGCUGUGCUGAAACUUUGUGACUUUGGGAGCGCAAAGGUAUUGGUACGCGGAGAACCAAAUGUAUCAUAUAUUUGCUCUCGUUACUAUCGCGCUCCGGAGCUAAUUUUUGGAGCAACCGACUACACAUCAGAGAUAGACGUUUGGUCGGCUGGUUGUGUGUUGGCUGAACUGAUGCUCGGUCAGCCCAUCUUUCCUGGCAACAGCGGUGUCGAUCAGCUGGUCGAGAUCAUCAAAAUCCUCGGCACCCCAACCAGAGAGCAAAUCAAAGAGAUGAACCCUAACUACACUGAUUUCAAAUUUCCACAAGUGAAACCCCAUCCAUGGAGCAAGGUCUUCCGGCCUCGUACUCCACCAGAUGCUGCAUCUUUAGUCAGCAAGCUGUUAGAAUACACUCCAUUCAAGCGGUUGAAUCCACUUGAAGCUUGUGCUCAUUCAUUCUUUAACGAGUUGCGAGAACCCACCAUUCGGCUACCGAACGGCAGAGAGCUGCCACCAUUGUUCAACUUCUCACGGCAAGAACUCAGUCUGAAGCCAUCACUCGCUUCGAUCCUCGUUCCUCCUCAUCUUCAACACCAACACAGCGCUGCCGUCUCGUCUGCAGCUACCAAUUCGAUGUCACCAACUACGGCGGCUGCUGCAGCUCCGUAACCAAAUAGUCCAAGAUGAAUCAGAGAGUGAGUUGAUUAUUUUUGACUGAGAUGGACUGCGUAUGAACAUGCUCUGGUGUACAUACGCCCUGUGGCUGUCAUUUGCUUCAGUUUUUUAUGGGUAUAUUAGCUAUGUAGCUGGUCACUGUCAUCACUUUUUCCUACAUGUUUCUUCUGGCGGAUAAUGCUCAAGUAUGGGCACUCGACAUUGUAUGUACUAUAGUCAUGUAGUGGUGCAGUGUAAAUGUAGAAUGGGAGAUGACUCUGUAACCGCCAGUGUAAACGUCUGUCUGUGGUCUGUACGGAAUGAGAUGACAGUGAGCAUGA